GACUGUUGGCCAGACGCGAUGACCCCUAUUCCACUGUGCGGCCUUCUUUUCCUCAGCAUGACCUCGGUUCAUCCAUCCUUACAAGUGCCUCAUUUCACUCGUCAUGACAACGGAACGUUUUUCAAUGAUUUCCAUUUUGUCGACUUGCAGCGCUGCGUUCAAGCAAGGCCCCUCCCCUUCCUCGUCGGCCUCCUCCUCUUCAUCCUCCAGGGACGCGUGACCUUCCAGUCGCGCGCACGGCGGGGAGCUCACAGCAGCGAGCCACCAGGAAACAGUUGACAUAACUUGCGUGUGAGGAUUCUGAAGCUGUCGAGGCGAGCGGAUGAAGUCUUUCUAAUCCGUUACGUAAGAGAAAAGAGAGCAGCAGAGGAGAGCAAACAAUCCGUGCCGAGGUCCGGCGCAGACAUGGGCCGUCAGGAGGCCGACGACGCGUGGAAAAAGGACACGCAAGACAUCCGGGAGAUUUUUGACUUCAUAGAGGAGUUGGGAUCAGGGGCCUUCUCCGAGGUCUUCAUGGUGCGGGAGAAGAAGACGGGAAGGACGUUUGCGAUGAAGUGCAUCAAGAAGAAACAAAGCAAGGACGCCAAUCUGGAGAACGAGAUCGCCGUGCUCAGAAGAAUCCAACAUGAGAAUGUGGUGGCGAUGGUGGAUUUCUAUGAAAGUCAGACUUAUUUCUACCUGGUCAUGCAACUCGUGUCCGGCGGCGAGCUCUUUGACCGCAUCCUGGACCGAGGCGUGUACUCUGAGAUGGACGCCAGUCGCGUGAUCCGACAGGUGCUGCACGCUGUCAGCUACCUGCAUCACAACGACAUUGUGCAUCGGGACCUCAAGCCGGAGAACAUCCUGUACUACAGCCCGGAGGAGAACUCCAAGAUCAUGAUCAGUGAUUUUGGCUUGUCUAAAAUGUUGGACAAGGAUGUAAUGUCCACUGCCUGUGGCACUCCGGGUUAUGUUGCUCCUGAAGUGCUGGCACAGAAACCUUACAGCAAGGCAGUGGACUGCUGGUCUAUUGGCGUGAUCACGUACAUCUUAUUGUGCGGAUAUCCUCCAUUCUACGAAGACAGCGAGACGCGCCUCUUCUCCAAGAUCACCGAGGCGCAGUACGAGUUUGACCCGCCCUUCUGGGACGACAUUUCCACAUCGGCCAAAGAUUUCAUCUGCAACAUGAUGCAGAAGAAUCCCCUCAUGCGCUACACCACUGAGCAAGCGCUCAGGCACCCCUGGAUCAUCGGAAAGACGGCGCAGAGCCAGGACAUCUACUAUUCGGUCAGCGUGCAGAUCCAAAAGAACUUUGCCAGGUCCAAGUGGAAGAAAGCCUUCAACGCCACGGUGGCCGUCAACCACAUGAAGAAGCUGCGGCUCGCCCACGCCGAGCGGCUCCCCGAGUCCGCUCGAGUCCCGGACAUCCGGGCGGUCGAGGCAUCCCCUCCGGUCUCGCGGCGCAAGCGUCUCGACCCCGAGAAGGAGACCGAAGAGGCCGCGGAUCACGCCGGCCCGCUCGCCGGCCACGUGGACUUGAAGUGCCGCUUCCGCCCGCCGAAGGCCAGCCAGACUGUGCACCGCGCGCCCACCGUCGCUGAGCAGGGGAAGUACAUCUACCACUCGGAGCCCGCCAACCUCAACGGGUGCGCCAAGAACAGAAUCGGAAAGACCCUUCAGACCAGCGUUUGCGCCGUCAUGUGAAGCUUGACUGAAGUUGACUUGGGGGGAAAAGAGCUCUUUUCACGGUCGGUGAAGAAUUCAUUUCAGUUCCAUACAGAUAAAGAACCUGCUCGAAUAAUCCGCUGAUUCCCGAGCACCGAGCCUCGUCAAACUUAAUUUGUGCAUUUUUAUUUGGCGGUGUGCCCUGAGAUUUUUCCUGUAGUGGGCCGUCAGGGCACCGAUCUACAUUUACAGCCUAAAUUCGGAUAUUUUGUUCCAUGAAAUUGUGUGAAUUGAUUGCCAGCAGUCUAUUGUCACCAUUUUGCUUGCCUUUCUCUUGGCUGCACUGUUUCCAGUGCAUGUGAUGAUUUGUAGAAUUGCGACCUGAUAUGCAGUGGUCGGAUGAAGGGGUGGACCAAGUCGGGUAAACCCCCACUGGAGGUCCUCGUAGCAAAUGCGUGGCCCGCCACUGGAGUGUUCUAAUGUAAAAUACUGUAUAUGGCUUUGGCUCAAGAAAGGUUGGGAAACACCGGACUAACCCUUCCGUCACCAACAAGCGGACAUUCUUAACUAUCAUACAAGCCGGAAUGAAGUUACCCUUUGCAAAGCAGACGGAUGCAAUGCAAGGCUCUGAUGACUCUGAGUGUGUGUCGUCCCUCUGCAGGUCAGUGUGGCUGCGUUUUUUUUUGUUUUGUUUUUUUUUGUCUACAGCGCCGCCCGGUGCUGAAAAUGGGAAGCGGUUGAUCCUGUGACGAAACCUCGCAGAUCUCGAUCAACUCCAGCCAGUGGGACGGAUUUGUCAUUUAGAUUUAGUGAUCUAGAUACAAAAGUCCCCAUGAGGCUUCCCCCAAACAAGAGUAAGCACACAUUUUCACAAAUACACCCAGGUAAUGCCGUACACUCGGAUUAAAGAACAACGAUGGGCUCACUUUACCCCUCAUGCGUCCUAUCAUGUGUCAGAUGAAAAAGAUUACACAGGGGAACACAAUUUUUGUUGAGUUAUGACUGACAGCUGUUUCUAGCAAAUUUUUGGGUGCGGAAGCCAAAACCGAUCUCACUUUUUCUCUAUCAUGUCAAGUUUUGGAACUAUAGAUCACCGUUUUCUAAAAAAAAAAAAGUGAAAACAGAUAUGUGCUUGUUUUAUAUAACUUUUCCAA